AUGCUGCUUGAUGAGAACAGUCAUGAGCGCGCGGAGAUCAUUGCAACGACCGGGCGAAAGCGCCCUCGCCAUCAGAGGCUGUGGGCACAGGAGUCGCUUUCAGACUGGUGGGCCUGCUACGCCGACAAACUGGAAGGUGGGGCUGCCGAGAGGACAGCGGAGGAGAGCGACGGACUUUGUCAUGUGUGCUCCACCUUCACGGGAUGUUUCCUCUUCAUUGCCUUGCUGGGCCUUUUGCAAGAGCGCUUCUUGUCGAGCUUCGGUGACUCGGAUCAGGCGCAGGCGCCGCUGUUGAAUGCUGCCUGGGGGGCUGCUGCUGUUCAGGUCUUUAGCUCGUGGCAGCAUCCGGGUGCUCAGCCCCGGAGUGUCCUCCUGGGCAACCUCCUAGGCAGCUGUGCGGGCCUGAUCAAGCUGCUGCCAGUGAGCCUGGAACUUCAGGUUGCCCUGGCCGUUGCUACCACCGUCGCCGCGCAAGAGCUGAGCGGGUCGGUUCAUCCAGCAGGUGCUGCCAAUGCAGUCAUCUUUGUUGAGGCUCAGACGUGCUCUUGGCCACACUUUACUUUCAUGUGCGGAAGCGCCGCGGUGCUUCUCAUUGUGGCUGCAGCUCUCUUCAACAACAUGUGCAUGGACAGAUUGUAUCCGCAGGCAUGGUGGCCAUCUCCUUCUUCUGACGAGAAAGGCUCGAAGUUUGCUCCAGUGAGCUUCAUCGUCCACGCUCCCCAGCAAUGGUUGCCAACAUACCUGAUGAAGCUACAGGGUGCUGGUCUUCGUGGUCCCAGUCCAGUUUCUUAUGCUCAUACUUGCUUCAGCUCACUGGCAGCCUUUGCUUACAUGCUGUCUGUAGCAUUGCUGAAUGACCUGUUGGGCUGGACUCCCGCAUCGUUGAUCGGACCCGCAGCUGCCUCCGUGUCAAUCUUCAGUGAUUGGCGAGGAACCAGUUCGCAGCCUUGGCCAUGCCUGGUUGGCUGCGUCAUAGGAGCCGCCUCUGGGACUUUUCUCCUGGAGGUUGGGUCUUUGCAUGGGCACCAGAAGUUGAUACCGGCUGCGAUGGCGGUCGCCUGCACGGCAGCACUGCAAGAGCUCACCUGUGCCAAGUUCCCGGCAGGAGGCUGCAUCGCCUUGAGUGCCAUAGUGAUGCCAGAGGUUGGUAAACUUGGAUGGAGCUUUUUUCUUCAGCCUGGAGUGCUCAGCACAUGCCUCCUCGUGAUCUAUGGAACCGUGCUGAACAACCUGCAGGAAACGAGGCAAUAUCCUUUGCAUUGGCCCUGGCAGCGUGCUGAGCCAAACCGGUUGCUCCAAGAGCGAGGACAUUCCGAAAGGGAUUUGUGCAGGCACAGGCUGGAGACAGAAAGCAGAUCUCCCAGUGCGGCCACCAAAACCAAUGUGGGCAGACUGAUUGUCUUGUCGCAGAUCGUUUUCCUCAUCUUCCUCCUUUUUGCGGAGCUUGAUGUGCAUUCUCUGGAUGGGAAGACAAAGUUCGACCAUGUCGCGGGGAUGUCCUUGCUCACCUUGGUUGGGCUUGGCUUCAUGAGGGCCUUCGUGAAAGCGUACGGUUUGGGAGCGGUGGGCUUCUGCAUGAUGAUCACAUGCCUGGCCAUACAGUGGUCGAUGAUGCUCGAAAGUAUACUCAAGCAGACAGUAUCGACCAUCAGCUUCGAUUCUCUGACGUCGGGAUAUCUUGCAGCUGCAACUGCACUGGUUUCUUUCGGAGCUUUGGUUGGCAAGGUGAGUCUUCAUCAAAUUCUUCUUGUUCUGCUCAUAGAGUUGCCGUGCUAUUGCUGGAGCAGAUGCGUGGGAUUCUCAUUGAGCACUCGCGUACUACAUGGUCGCAGUGCAGGGAUCAAGGGCCUUGAGAUUCAUCUCUUCGGAGCCUUGUUUGGCUACGCGGCUGCACGCAUCCUUGGCCCCGUGGAGAUGGACUGGCUGAACCAGAGCAGCUACAUUCUGGACCUCCUCUCUCUUUUGGGGACUUUGUGCUUCUGGAUCUGCUUUCCGAGCAUCGAAUUUGGUUUCCAGAAUCAGCACGCGCGAAUCUGCAUCAUCCUGGCCUUGCUGGGCUCUACAGUGUCAGCCUUCGUCACAGACUCCUUCUGCAACUUGGGCAAGCUGAAUGUUGCAAGCAUCCGUACUGCCGUUCUUGCUGGAGGCAUUUCGAUCACUGCGGUGGCAGAUGUUGUGGAGCCCGGCCUGGCAGUCAUGGUUGGUUCUGCCAGUGGCGCCGUUUCUGUUCUGGGACUCCGGUUUCUGUCAUGCAGCGGUGUAGACACUUGUGGCGUGCUCUUCGCACAUGGUGUUCCAGCUCUGCUGGGUGGGCUUCUACUUGUAUUCGCUCCACACAACGGCGCUGGCCAUUUGCAACUCUGCGGUUGCGCAGUGUCGGGCACCUGCUUUGCAAAUUUGCCAGAGAUUCCUUUCUCCGAUGAGGCCAACUGGGCUUGUGCCAAGGAUGUGCCGCGCGGCUCCGUCUACCUUUGA